AUGGCGCGACGGGCGGAGGAGGAGACGUUUAGGCCGCGAACGCACGGCGAGGGGAGACGAGACGCGGGAAAGCGGGCGUCGUUGGAGAAGUUGGCGGCGCCGAGGACGGCGUUGUGGGAACGAUCGGCGAGCGUGAAGAAGGAGAAAGAUGAGGCUGUGUUUGCGGAGAAUUGCACGUUCGCACCGAAGGUUGGUCGAGGGCCGAAGACGCCGUCGACGAAACCGGCGGCGGAGCGAUUGUACGAGUACGCGGAGAAGCGAUUAGAGACUAGGGAGCGCGUACAGGCGCGCGUGGUGGAGGAAGAGAUGGAACUUUUGACGUUCAAGCCGACAGUUAACGUCAGGACGAGCGCUGGGAUUCGAGACAAAGUCGCCAAGACGCCGCCGUUGCACCGGCGCGUCGCCGACGUGUUGCGCGCCAAAGAAAACGUGAGAACAGAGGCUCGUUUAAAGGUGGAAGACGAACUCGCCAAGGCGCACACGUUCAAGCCCACGAUCAAUCCGACGAGUGUGAUUCUCGCCAUGCAGCGUGCCGAGAUUCAGAAGGCUAUGGAAGAUGAUGACGACGCCGGCGACGAAGCGCCAACGAUUCACCGCAGACGAUCGUCGGCGUUGGACGGCGAGGAUGAAAAUCUCACUUUUGCGCCUAAAAUCACGCGCGAAAGCGAGCGCGUGGUCGACGAACUUGAGCGUCAAGGCAAACUAGGCGCCGGCUUCCUUGAACGACAGCGUGACUUCAGCGAAAAAGUCGCGCGGCGCGCCCAGGAAAAGCGCGCUAUGGUCGACGACGAAUGCACAUUUAUGCCAGAUAUCGGCAACGCCGCCAGCGUGUUGCGCCGAGGGCGGCACGUGUACAAGUUGCUCGAAACGCCCGAAGAGCGCUCAGAUCGAUUGGCGGUGAAAGACGCCGAGCGUAAGCGUGCCGCGCAACGCGUCCGCGAGCGAGAGCACUACGCGCAGUUUACGUACCAACCCGAGUUGAAUGAAAAGUCGUACGAGCUCGCGCCUCACGGUAGUACGAUCGACGAUUUGGCGCGCGACGAGCGACGGGACUUGGCGCGACGACGCGCGCAAGCCGAGCUCGAACGUGAGUUCCGAGAACAGCACACGUUCGAACCAAACCUCGAUCGGUCGAAUGAGGCCCGAAAGGCUCGCGAUACGAGUCAGUUCGCGAUGGAUUACGGCGUCGGCGGCGAUGCGGUGAGCGCUCGCAUCGAAGCAUACCGGCACGAAAAAGAAACUGCGCUCGAAAAUCUCCGUAGGCGCGCCGAGUAUCGCGAGUUGGAGCAGUGUACGUUUCGUCCCGAGUCCAUCGCGCGAGAGCCUCGCGCCAUGGGCUCCCCGUCCGCGUCGAAAGUCAAAGGUAUGGAUUCGUUUUUGCGCAAGCAAGCCAAGGCGCGCGAGCUCGAAGAAGAAAAGCGCGAGCGAUACGCCAAGGCUUUCCUCGAGAACUUGGACGAUUUCGACCGAUGGGGCCGACGGACGAUUCCCGAGCCGUUCACCGGCGCCUUCGCCGAAAACGUCGUCGAAAAGGCUGAGGCUCGACGCAAAGCGUUGGCGGAGGAGCACUUGCGGCGCGAGUUGGAGGAGUGCACGUGGGAACCGGCGACGAAUCAUUCUCGCAAGUCUACUAGUAUUAAAUAG